UGAGCCGCGCUUGCCUAGACGGCCAACACUUCUCAACUUAUACUUGGACAAGUUCGACUCGAAUCUAUACACGUUACCUCGGAGAGAACAGUCAUACCAAGUAAGAAUAGAUGUCGCACCAAAGGGAACUCAUCAUCUUUGUCUUGGAAUGAGAGUCUUUCGUUGCUUUUUUUCAUUCGUUCGUUUUUUCUUAUUCGGAGUCCAACUUAAAGGCCGGCACAGUGGUGAUAUUUUUUGUCCCUUAAACUCCCUCAACAAACACUGUAGGCUACUGCAGUGUUGGUAAGGAUGGCCUUUCAAUCGGCCCUCUUACCAAUAGGCCUAUUGGUCUUGGGACUGAUGUCUAGUUUGGUGCGUUGUGCCCCCUUCCCUGGCAGGCUGAAUGGCACAGUGGAACGACGCUGGGAGACACUGUACUCGCGGUCCUUGGCUCGGAUCCCUGGGGAGAAACGAGAGAUAAACCGGGACAGCGACUAUCUUAUGGGCAUUAAACGGCUACGACGCCUUUAUUGCAAUGUAGGAAUUGGGUUUCAUAUUCAAGUUUCACCCGAUGGGAGAAUAACAGGAGUGCACAAUGAAAACCGUUACAGUCUCCUUGAGAUAUCUCCAGUAGAGAGAGGAGUUGUGACAAUCUUUGGCGUCCAAAGCGGUCUAUUCGUGGCUAUGAACAGCAAAGGGAAGCUGUACGGAUCUGUUCAUUACAACAACGAGUGCAAAUUCAAAGAAACUCUCCUGGCAAAUAAUUACAAUGCUUACGAAUCGGUGGCAUACCCGAGGAUGUACAUUGGACUAAGCAAGACCGGUAAAACAAAAAGAGGAAACCGAGUGUCACCAGCCAUGACGGUGACGCAUUUCUUGCCAAGAAUCUGAGUCACUCAGAAAUAGACUUAACCUCAAUAAGGUGGGGUGAGGGGGACUCAAAACGAUGCACUUUCAACUGGAGUUUUAUGCAAGACUAAGUGUAUCAUCCUGCUUAAAUGUUAUGUAUAAGUUUGUAUAUCAGUUUAUUUAUUAUGUAAAACUAUUUUGUAUUUGGGGGAAACAGGUCCUGACUUCAGGGGGAAUUUCAGAGAUCAACACAUUUAUUUAUGUUUUUUAACUUAUCAGAAGUCUGCUGCUAAUAAGUGUUUGGGUAAGUGAGAUUCCUUUGUUGAAUUAUGGUUUUCUUUGCACUGUUUAUAGACAAAAUAUUAUACAGUGACAGAGCAAAGGAUACUUUUAUAUUACUUAUUUUUCUUCUAUGGAAAUAACUUUUAAGUCUUAGACGGAAGUUCAAACAAGUGAAAUUAUAUAAAAUUAUUGGUUUUAGAAGCAGAAGCAAUUGUCCAAUGGCAGGACUCUUUGUAUGGCAUUGGAGUCUAAUUGAAACAGUAUCAGCUUACUACUGGUUACAGAAAGAGCCGCGUUGAAGUCCUACCCUCUCAAAUCUGUUUUUAGCUCUGCCAGGGGGUUGAACUUUGAACUUUUCUGCAGUCAAUCUUUGUCAGAUCUAUAAGACUCUGGAUAGAGAGAGGCAUCUUCUUGACAUUGUAUAAGCAGAGAAUUUUAGAGUUUAAAGGCAAGGUCAGUGUGCUGACACACAAGUCAGAAACCAUAGCCAUGGCUCUAUAACAUACAGCUUUUAUGAUGGGAAGUAAAAAAUCAAAGUCCUCAGCAGUAUGGAGGAUAUUUGGAUCUCAAAAGGAUCAGAACUCCUCCCUGAGUGCAAAAAAAGAAGCCAAGAUAAUGUAAUGAUUGUCACAGGUUAUGUUUUCCCCAAGUGUGUACACCGAAAAGCUAUAAAUUAUUUUUGGGGGAGACAUGUAUUGGCUCCCAUUUCUUCCCAUUGCCCCACUUUCCUUGUUAUCUAUCAUCUACCUCACUUAAUCAACAAACCCACCAAAAAACCUUUCUAGAGUUUGUCCUGAAGUCAUUCUAUUGAACCAGUUUGAGAUUAGCCCCAAUCUCUUCGGAGCACCAUGCCAUAGGCAGAAGUGCAGGCAGCCAUUUCGUCCUAGUUGCGCCUUGUCACGUUUGAGCUAUCUUUACCCUGUGAUUUACUUUUAGAAAGGAUGAUCAUGGUGGAAAUAUUUACAGACAGCUGUUAGACUGCACUAUAUGCUCAACCAGUAACCCUAUAUUUUUCUUUAUAUAUUUUGUAAAUAUAACCCCUGGUAACUGGCAGAGCAUAGCGAAGCUGCUUCAAAGUCUGUUAUUCCUCCUUUGGGAACAUUCAUUCAGACUAAGGGGAUUGACCAGGAGAUGGUCCAUGCCAUAGGGUGUCUCUCUCUCUCUAUAGUCCUAGUCGGUAUUUACGUAAUAAUAAGGAAUUCCCCUCGACCACGCCCACAAAUUGGGGAAAACCAACAUUCUUUCCUAUUGACCCCCAUUGUAAAAGAAGCAACUUCGUCAUCGUUUUUUUUGUCAUACAGAAAUAACAAAACAUGCCAAAAAGCUGCUGUGUUGUUCAAUGUAACCAGGUAAAAAAAUCCUGACCUAUGGUUCGCAAUGCUCCCACGUAGGGAAAUAGAGCCUGCAAGAAGAGCGCUGUGCUGUGGCUUCAGGCUAUUUGGCGUGGGAGAGCGGGAAAUGUGGGGACCCGGUGUCCAAGUAGGCAUCACGUAGCUAAGUGUGUGGAAAACAUUUCAUCACAGGUAAGACAUUUAACUUGUAUAGUAUAGUCUGUUUGUAACUCCACUCAUUACUUGUAGCUGUAUAGUCCGUUUGUUUGUUGUUGGUCUUGGCUAACGUUCGCUAGCCAGCACUCACUCACUCGGCUGCUAGCACUGUCAUGAAAAGGGGCAUAAGGGAAGACCUACAAUAUUACGUUUUUUCUAAGUAUUGAGAAUGCUAGGAAGCUGGCAAUGUUGAAAAUUAAUCUUUAGGCAUGUUUUACUUUUCUUAAAUGUAGUUUUGGAAUUGACUAAGACAAGCAGACAACAAAAAAUUGCGUUUGAAAAAGGUAAAGUUUUUACUCUGAGCCAAUAGGGUAACCUAUGUACCCACCAGUUGUUUUCCCCACAAGCGGGCAGGGCCGCAACGUUCUAUCAAAUACCGACUGGGACUAUUAGAAUAGUUCUAGAUUGUACGAUGGUGUUCAUUCUCCUCUGAGAAGGUUCCAUCUCAGGUUCAACAUUCCACAUACCAUGGUAGUUUACAAUGUACAGUACUGAUUUUAGAUAACUCAAACUGGAAGCGAUGGCCCAUUGUUCUAUAUUCAAUAUAACAAUAGUAACAAUAGUGUCCAAAUCCUAAGAAAUCUAAUGAGGCGUAACUUUGAAACAGCAAAUAGCUUUGCUAAAUUCAGUCAAUGGAAAACACAUAAUUUGCUACAGCAAAUAUCUCAGGGUGUUGUUGGUGAACUCUCUGUGUCCAUGUUUAAACACCUGCUGUGGAAGUCUCUGUCUCCCAUAAAACAAUCCUAUCCUGGAUGCAAUCUUCCCCUUCAAAAAGACUGGAGCACAUGGCAGCCAAAAUGAGUCAAGACUAUGAUGCUCUUGCAUACCAUCCAGCUCCUGAGACUGAAGAGUCAGAGAGCUAUCCAAUGCUGUACCUGACUUAAUAUUGUCACAUAUGACCUGGAUGCUCAAACACCUGUUGGUAAUAUUAUUUAGUCACCCAAGACAUCAGGCUGCACUGCCAAUCCCAUAAUUAUUUUCCUUUGCCACAGCUGUGCCAAAUGUUCCCCAAUAGACUGUUUUGCAUGGCUCACCAUAAUGUUUACAAAAGACUGAGAAGCCACUGGCAAAUAUUCUGUGAACCCGGUUCCAUCCUCAGUAGAGGCACCUCAUUUGCUUAUACAGCAAGUGUACAAGCAACACAACACAAUGUUCUGAAAUAUGCACCUUAUAGACAAGACAUUAGUUUGAACAAUUGUUCAGACAUUUCAUCUAUCCCUGAAUCUUUCUGAUGAGAUGGUACAGAGACAAGAACUUAAAAUGCAGAAUAAUUAGCAUGUUUCAGUGUUAAAUGUUGAAAUGUUCAUUAUCUAUUGUCUCCUAUGGGUGCUUAUUUCUUCCAUUGCUGUGCUGUUUCUGCUCUUGGGUCUCAAGUAACACGUGUCUUUGAGUCCUGUGGUCUUGUUACUCUUGUUUCCAUUGUCUUUUUUAUAUUUACUAGACAUUAUCUGUAGUUUUAUACAGGUCUUGUUAAAUAUCUUGAUGUAUGUGCUGUGCACAUGACUAAUGCCUAACUUAAAUUUGAAGUUAA